UCGAUCCGGAGCAGUGCUUCACAUUUCCUGCUGAGGAGUCUGUUGAAAGCGUGCACAAGACUGUCGGUAUGCAAGGUAUCAUGAAGCUUUCAGUAUUCGUGGCGCAUAUUUUAAUUGCUGCAAGCGUUGUCGCAGGCCAGAAUGGUUACGAAUACGAAGACGAAGAACAAGUUGAAUGCCCUAUAAGAUCCGGAAGAAGCCAGAAUGGUAGCGAAUACCAAGACGAAGAACAAGUUGAAUGCCCUAUCAGAUCCGGAAGAAAUGGAUGCGUAGUCUACGGAAAGAACAUUGCGCCAGGAAAAAGCUUGUCUCUCGAAGAUCCUUGCAUUAAUGUUGAAUGCAGCGCCAAUGGCCGGAGGCUUACAGUCGAAGGGUGCUCGGAAAGCGGAAAUAUUUGUCCAGGGGGACCCGUGGCUAAAGGCAAAAAGUCACUAAAAUGGCCGUUUUGCUGUGCAAGAUGCCACACUCCGGACAUUUCUGCAUAGCCGCCCUCUCUCCCACUACCAGUCGCAUGCCGUCCAGGAAACACACACGUGCCCAGCCUAGGCGCUUCUCGAGGUUCUAACUGUGCAAAGCAGUAAACCUGAAGCUUGCUUCUACCUAACGCGCUGCUCUUCCUCUUUCUCCUGUUGGAAAUAUCUUCACCUGAUCUUCAAGGACUUACAAGGGAGUCACAGGAAAUACUUUGAGAAAAUUUCGCGCUGUCAUUAUGUAGCUCGUAAGCUUCCCUUCUAAAGAUAAAGAACAUUGCUUUAGUAAACCGGA